UCGAACAGCAGUUUCCCAUGGCUGACAAAGCUGCUUUUAACCGAGAAGCUUAGUCAUUACAGGAUGGAAUAUAUGUGACACGGGUGUCUGUGGGUGAUUUACAAUUUUAUAGUGUAUGGCAGCCUCCCCCCUCCCGCUGACUGGGUGCGUAGAAUGGUACGUGCCAGUGCCGGCUCUCAUGCUUCCCUUGCUGGGGUUCCCUGUGUAACUCGAUGCAUGCUGGUAAGGCUCCCGCUAUAUUGUCCUCUCUUGUUUAUGAAAGCCUCCACCCACUGGCCCACCCUAGAUUUAGCAGAUCAUGUGAUCCCGAACUGACUCAAUUGAAAGCAGAAUGUUAAUGCUGGACGGGAUGCCAGCAGUAAGAGUUAAAACAGAGCUCCUGGAAUCCGAGCAAAGGUCACCUAACGUCCAUACUUAUCCCGAUAUGGAAGCUGUCCCUCUCCUACUCAACAGUGUAAAGGCGGAGCCUCCCGAGGACUUGUUAUCCACCGAUCAUUUUCAAACACAGACUGAACCAGUGGACCUUUCAAUAAACAAAGCAAGAACGUCACCGAGAGGUGUUUCCUCAUCUCCAGUUUCUAUUACAACCUCAGCAGCAUCACCUUCUUCUAAUUCUUCAUCUAGCCGUCCAGCAUCAUCUCCAACAGUGAUAACACCUGUACCUUCUUCGGCAUCUGUGCCAACAGUAUUAACUCCUGGACCUCUUGUGGCAUCAGCAUCUAGUAUUGGAGGUCAACAAUUUUUGCACAUUAUUCACCCUGUUCCUCCUGCAAGUCCCCUGAACUUACAGUCCAACAAACUUAGUCAUGUACACCGUAUCCCAGUUGUGGUACAGUCAGUCCCUGUAGUUUAUACAGCUGUGAGAUCACCGGGGAAUAUGAAUUCUACUAUUGUGGUACCUCUACUGGAAGAUGGAAGAGGUCACCUAAAAGCACACAUGGAUUCUCGAGGGCUCUCACCAAGACUUGUAAAAAGUGACAGUGAUGAUGACGACCUGCCAAAUGUGACCUUAGACAGUGUUAAUGAAACAGGAUCCACAGCUCUGUCCAUUGCAAGGGCAGUACAAGAUUCAGUCUCACCAUUCAGUAUUGAGAGCACAAGACGUCAGAGGAGGUCAGAAUCUCCAGACUCCAGAAGACGGAGAAUACACAGGUGUGAUUUUGAAGGUUGUAACAAGGUCUACACGAAGAGCUCACACCUGAAGGCGCACAGAAGAACCCAUACAGGAGAAAAGCCCUACAUGUGUACCUGGGAAGGAUGUACCUGGAAGUUUGCACGCUCGGAUGAACUGACGCGGCAUUACCGAAAACACACGGGGGUGAAGCCAUUUAAAUGCGCAGACUGUGACCGCAGCUUUUCCCGUUCAGAUCACCUGGCAUUGCACCGCCGAAGACACAUGCUGGUUUGAGUCUGCCAUUGGGCAAGGAGUUCAGAAGAGCUGGGUCUCUUAUGUUUCAUGACUUCAGCAGGACUGAAUGUCAUCCACAGUGUUACAAAAGCCAGAUUUCCCACCAUAUCCAAAGUGAAAGGGUGGACAGAGAUGGACGUGCCGUGCUCAUUACUAAAUAUACACCGAAGCAUGGAAACUACAUUAAAUAUCAAUACCUCACACCAUGAGACAGAAAGCUACUGUAUCAUUCUGUGGCACUGAGGCACUGGUUCUUCCCUAGGCCUUGACUUGCUAGGUUAAAAUAGCUGCAGUUUUUCCAUUUCCGAUUCAUUUAAACAGGUUUUGCAAAUGAUGUUAGGAUUCUUCUAUUGAUCGCUGAACUUUAAAUCAAUAUCAAUUUUGGGGGGGGGGAUUUUUUGUGUGGAUGUAAAUAAGCAGUCAUUUGCGAGUACAUGUCGGAGGAAAACUUGACAAGAAAAUGUGGCGUAUUUCUGUCGAUGGAAUGGAUGGAGCAGAACAGUGCUCUGCGAUUCUGCAAUUACUGGGAUGGUAAUGUCAUAUCACAGUCUGAGCUGUGCAGGAAUCAUCAUUGCCUCUUACAUAAUGUGAUAGUUCUUCAUUUACAUGCCAGGAAGGCCGGCGGCAUGGCAUUAAGUGUGACAUGUGGGUUGUAUAUGGAGCAUUUAUUUCUGAGAAAAGUUUUUUUAUUUAGAUUCAGUACAAAUGGCGCAAUAUAUGCACAGACACUCAGAAAUCCUAUUU